AUGGUUCUAACACAAGAGGUUGCAAUACAGGGUUACGACGAUUCCACUGGUGCGAUGAACGACGUGCAGUUGGGCUUAUGCUCCUUUCCCAUGUGGUCUGAGCAGAUUCGCUGCGUUUGGUCGAAUAUCUUCAGAAUCUUUUACGACGAGCCUCCGGUCUUGGACACCGAUGGCCAGGGCUCAAUACUAGCAAAUUGCCAGAUGUUAUUUGAAAAGGCAGAAGAACUCCAUUCGACUGGCGUUGUCUCUCUUUGCAUUCAAUCAGGCUCUGUAUUCAAGGAGUCUAUGAUUCACUUGGUGGGAAAAUGGGGCCUCCUUGAAGAAAAGGAACGCAAGUCGUUGCCAAAGAGUGUUCGUACCUUAUGCGUCCAGAAGAUCCAAGGCCUAAAGGAGAUCAAAAAGGCCGUGGAGUUUCAGAUAGUGAAUCGCCUCCCUCAUCCGCGCCUAGAUAAGGCUUACUAUCGAGAAACGAAAAAUGUAUUUGGAUGGAUGGCAUUAACCUUCUACCAGCAGUGGCUCUGCCAAUCUUUUGUGGCGGGUCGCAACUACCACGCUCCAGAUGGAGGCGCUGCCUUCUAUCGCAAGAUUGCAGCAGGAGACGAUCCCUGUUUGAAUGAGUUUGAUCAAACCAUUGGACAGCUCUCUGCUUCCCUCAAAAUCGGAAAUGAACAACAUAAAGAGCUAAAGAAAGACCUGGAUGAGCUCAAGAAAGUUAUGAAGCAUAUGGUCUCGGAUUUGCUCGUCAACCAAGCCAAGUAUGACCCGCUUCUCAAUGGCGAGCUUUCGUACCUGACCUGCUGUCAAGUCAGGGAGGAGGAAAUGCCCUUACCAGAAACGUUGAACUACAAACUCCCAGGUAUCAAGGAUAUUAUGGGUGUCCCUAACUGCAACAUCCACAUUCCCAAUGAUAGUCGCGUCCGUCAGUCGUUUGUUCCUGGGUCUACUGAGCCUCUUAUGGACGGUUCCAGCGCCAUGAUGGGUCUCAACAAUAAUACCCUCGGAAAUGAUUUCUUGUUGAGCCCUGUGCUGCAAAAUACCGGUCCUUCUACCUUGGACUCGUUAAACACCUUCACAGCCAAUCCCACUAUGGUCUGGGAUCCCUCGAUGAGCUAUUCAUCCUCAUCCCUCAACCCGGUGGUUCCAUCUUUAUCAUCCCUCUCGGCCAUGACCAGUCCCAGCGGCAAUGGCCUCUUUGGGAGCCCGGUAGAUUUCGAACAGUUCGGCAACCUGGGGGGCAAUAUGAAUAUAUUUGAUUUAUCUAUAAUGGAAGAUGAUAAUCCAUUGGUGCAGAAUGGCGGUGGUGAAGGGAAUUUGGCGUUUCUUUGA